AUGUUCCAACCGCUCCCCACCGUCCUGCAGCUCGCUGCCAUUCCAGCCACUCCAGCGAUCCAACAGCCGCAUCCCUGCCUUCCUACUACUCCUCUAGGUACCGCAAACCCCUCUGCAGCCUCCCUGCAGAUCGCGCCCCAUCUACCCAUCCAAAAGCACCGCAAGUCUCCGGAUUCCAUGCUGCUCCUCCAGCCUGCAGUCAAUUCUCCUGUAGCUUCUCUGCAGGAUUGUUGCAGCCUCCCCUACUACACCUCCAGGCCACCGAACAUCCCCACCUGCAGCUUCCCUGCGAUAUCCACAGCCCCUGCUACCCUCCCGGAUCCUCUACCGCCUCCCACACAGCAGACCGCCGUCCCUUCCGACUCUCCCAGCACCUCUCCCGCCACGGCAGCACUUCCACCUGCAAUCCAAAGCACCUCACGCCUCCCUCACAGCAGGCUGCACCCCUUCUCCGACGUCCGAUCCACUAUCGUCUCCCUUCCAACAGGCCCCAGCCAUCCCGAGGCUUUCCCUAGUGCCUCCAGCCGCUGCAAACUUUCGUCCUCCGCUCCUCGGCUUCGACCGCCCUUCUUGCCUCCGCUCCUCAGCUUCGACCGUCUUUUCCGCCGCCUCCGGAUCCCAUCUUCAACAACGUCCCCCACUUCCUCCGGCUGCGUUUUGACACCUCGACGAGUGCUAAGUCACUUUCACCCGAUAUCGCUUCGGCCUUCACCGCAGCCCCUGAGCCGGCACCAUCCCUCCGGACUCCCUCCUAGUCGAGCUUGU